AUGGACAGAUCUAAACUAUCAUCAAUUAUUAAAGGAUUAUUUAAACAAAUGGAUACAAAAAUAUUACGUAUUCUUGUGUCUAUUGACGAACAAAUAACAAAAAAUUUAAAAGACGGUAAUAUUGUUACAAGGCCCUCAAGUACAAAUGGACUAUGGAGUUGUAUACUUUUACCAGCAGUACUUGUAUCAUAUUCAAUACUUUACAAUCAAAAUGUGUCUGAAUUAUACAUCUUUUUGGCUUAUAUAUCGAUUGGACUAGCAUCCUACAGUUUUCUUUUUAUUAUAUUUAUUUCUGUUUCUUGCUCGGUGUUGAAAGAGAAUAUUUAUGGAGGAUGUACAGCAUCUACACUGGUUUCAUCAUUAUUGUUGUAUGCAGUGCAAGGACAAGAUUUAAUGUUCUCUCUGGUUUGGUCAACGGCUGCAGUGAUGUCAUACAGUGCUCUCAUGAAAAUAGCCCUCAUAGUGUACCCUAAAACAUUUACAAUAGGAGAAGCCAUGAUAGUCACACAGAGUAUUGUGCUGUUCAGUAUAACAACCAUUGGUAAACACUUUUACAACAUGGGAGCAGAAGACGAUGUAGAAAUGAAAUUCAUUAAUGACGUUAUCUUUACUAUAUUAUCAAGUGUGGGAAUUAUCGUUGCAGCAAUAUGUAUUUUGGAUGAGACUCAAAAAACUAUAUCCGUUCUUACCUACAUCACCUGUGUGGCCGGCACUUACGCUUUAAUGAUCUUACAUGUUAAAGUCGGAGCUGAUUGCAUAUUGAGAUUAGCUGAAUAUAUUAUCCUGGACACAGAUAGAGUAUUAUUAUUCCUGUUCUGGCUCAGUUGUGCAGUUGUAUCAGCAUGUGUGAUACUAGUCCGCACUCAUCUCAAAGUGAAAGCCAGCACCGUUACUCGCAAGACAUUCCAUAUACUUGGCUCCUUGGUAUUCUUAUCUGGGAUAUUGUAUAACAUUCGACUGAUGACAUUAGCUGCUGGAUUCGGCUUUGGGCUUGUUAUAUUACUUGAGGCACUUAGGAAAUCUGGGAUAGAGCCGAUUUCAUCGUCACUUCAGUCUGCAUUCAAUGUGUAUAGUGAUGAAAAGGAUGUUGGCAGUUUCGCAAUGACUCCUAUCUACCUAUACGUAGGGUUGGCCUGUCCCCUAAUAUUGGUUCCAGUACAUCAAGGGUAUGAGCUCGAACUGCUUAGUGGAGUGUUGUCCAUAGGAAUCGGAGAUACUGCUGCCAGUUGGUUUGGUUCUAAGUUCGGCAUGAACCAGUGGGGAACUGGACCGAAAACUUAUGAAGGGACAGUAUUCAAUAUUCUAUCUCAAGUUGCGCUGAUGUACGUGAUUGAACUGUUUGGUCUAAUGAGCGUGAAUAAUGCUAUGCUUCGUGUAGCGGUUGCGGCAGGAGUGUCAGGAAUAGUAGAAGCGAAAAUAGAUCAAGUAGACAACUUAAUAUUGCCAUUAGUUACCCUAAUUUCAUUUCAAGCUACCUGGAUAUUAUGCUAA